AUGCAGGCGAGAUAUGUGGCCACGCGUGCAGGGCACCACGUCGACACUGACCAGCUGGAGCCCGACCUAGUGAGUGCGAAGCUGGGCCUCCAGAGCCUGACGUUCAAUGGCAUCACGGACCUGUGCCCAGAAUCCGUUCGUGCCUUCCGCUUCUACAUCACGGGCACGCUACCGCCAGACUGCGAGUGUGUGCAGGCAGUUCCGAACAGCACCAGCGUCUCGCACAUCAAGCACGGGGUGCCCGAGCAUCAUGUCAGCGACCUGAGCCCAGAGAAUUUGCGGAGCCUCUCCAAGCUUAUCCAGGUGGACGUGCACGUUUUCCUCCACGCGUUGGCGCUGUUCGAGAGAAGCAUUGACAACAUUUCAGACUUGACGGGGAAACGCAUCAUUUGCAGCAGCCGCCUGGCAGAUCUGAAGAUACAGGCCCUGCGCUUGUGCCAGGAAGUGAGUGCGCAGCCUCAGCUGUGCGCGUUCUAG